CUCUCUACAGUAAUUCUCAUCUCUCAGGGUUGAUUGUUGUUCUCUCCGUUAACGAUGCAGUUUUAUGGAGUUCUGGUCCUGUUGGUGACUCUGUCUACAGCAUGUGGACUGAGAUGCUACGCGUGUAUAGUCGACAAUAAUACACCCUGCACAACAAUCGGGACAUGUGCCCCCGGCUUAGACCGCUGUGCCACCCUCAAUCUGAACGGUGUCAUCAUCAAGGGCUGUGAAAAUAGUGCCACGUGUAUAAGCCCCAUCAAAUGCUGCAAAGGGGACUUGUGUAACAGCGCCAUACCCACUGCUUCCAGUGUCUUCCUCCUGCUGGUAUCCUCUGCCAUCACCACAGUCUUUUUCAAAGUCUCUUCGUUCAUAAUGCAGUUUUAUGGAGUUCUUGUGAUGAUGGUGACUCUGUCUACUGCCUGUGGACUGAAAUGCUACAUAUGUAGUUCUGAGAGUGAAUGCAAGGAACAAACUUGUCCUUCCGGCUUUGACAGUUGUUCAACCACCAUGGUGAAUGGUGUCACCGUCAAGAGCUGCGGGUUACUUUCUUCCUGUCCAAGUCCCAUGAAAUGCUGCAAAGGGGACUUGUGUAACAGUGCCAUACCCACUGGUUCCAGUGUCUUCCUCCUGAUGGUAUCCUCAGCCAUCAUCACACUGUUUCUCUGAGGCCUUCUUCUCUGAGAAUAUCAUGUAAAAUCUGUGAAUGACUACAGAGAGAAUUGCUCAAUAAAACUACAAUUUGAUUGAC